AUGUUUUUGGAAUAUAUCCAUGUCAUCAGAAACAAGAUCCUUCGCUUUAUCCCGCAGUGUCAAACUCGCGCAGACUUACAAGAUGACCGACAACUGCCCAUUCUCAGAUGCCCUCAUAUUAUCGCAAAGAUGGCUUCUCCAAAUGUGCGCACCCUUCCAGAAAGUGAGAAAGGUACCAUAAAGAAGUUAUCAAGCCUUAGUCAUCGAUCCCUUUCCAAUACCCAAUGCACAAAUCUCAUACGAAUGCGCACAUUUUUUAUCAAGAAAUCUCGCUUGGUCUUGAAUGAUUAA